UCGUGUGCGAGACGUCGGCGGAGGAGGAGCUCGAGUUUAGCUGCGAUCUCUCGCGCGUUACUGAGGGUGUUGGAGUUUGGGUUCAUUGGUUUCUAUUUUCUGUUUCGUUUGCAAGGCAAGUUCUUUCUUUGAAGUAAGAGGUGAUGCAGUGAUGGAUCGGAGGCGGCCCGUAAAGCGGGUGCGACCUGACGAGUUUUUCUUUGACGGAGGAGAGUCCAACAACACAGGGUCUUUCUUGAAGUCGGUGCCACCCGCCCCCCGUCUCUGAGAUGCCCUCGAGCCCGCCGGGCCGUCCGUCCCAGCUCGGUUCGCUCGGCUCCAGUCGAGUCAGUCGACCGUCGAACCUGACGCCGUGAGGGGCGCUUGUCGCGCGCUCGGGCACAGCUGCUGCGUCCCCCUGGAGAACGCCUCGAGACGACUGGUGGCCAGGGAGGAGGCGGACAGGAACAUGGACGGAAGGUGGCUGUCUGCGCGGCUGCUGCUGCUGCUGCUGUGUGGGUGCGCGGCGGCCCUGCGGCACGGCUCGUUCAGCGAGGACGAGGUGCGGGCCGCUCUGGACACUGCCGCCGGUCAGAUUCAGCACCUGCUGCCGUCCUCAGACCUGGGUGCGGGUCGGCCGCGCCCCUCGCCGGCCUGGGUCGAGGCACACCGUCCUCCGGGCACCCCGUCCGUCGAUCAGGCCGUGUCGGCGGCUCUGAGGGCUGAGGCCGCCGCCAAACUGCUUCUGGACGGUCGCGGCGUCCCCGCGGAGUCGGCAGCGGCCCAGCUAUCAUCGGUCGACCUCCGCUUCUCCGAGCUGGGAAAACACUGUCCUGGAGCCGACCAGACUCCCUGCCAGCCCAGCAAGUUCAGGUCUCUCGAUGGCCGCUGCAAUAACGUGCAACAGGCGACUUGGGGCAGCGUCGGAUCGCCCCUGUCCCGACUGCUGCCGGCUCAGUACUCCGACGGUAUAUCGGAGGCUCGCACCGGUGCCCUGCCGUCGCCUCUGGCUCUCUCGGGCGAGCUGACCCACCCGGGACCCCACCACCACCAAUUUGUGACCGCCCUGCUGCCAGUCUGGGGUCAGCUGAUCAGUCAUGACCUGACCCUCAUCUCACCCAUGCAAGGCGGUGAGGAGCAGUGCUGUCAGAACCCGGCGGGAGCUCACUGUCUGCCAAUGACCUCGGAGGGACACUGCCAGCAGUACAAGAGGUCAAUGCCCUCACUCCGGUCAGACUGCCGUCUUGGUCCCCGUGAGCAGCUGAACAUGGCAUCAGCCUUCCUCGACGCCAGUGCCCUCUAUGGUACCGACAAACAGACUGCCAAGCGGGUACGAUCGUACUCGCGGGGUCAGCUGCGGCUGAACGCUGAUGGUACCCUGCCCCGGGGUACAUUCGGGCCGUGCUCCUCACCCCACGACAGAUGCCCGGAGGCGGCGGACCGGCGGGCGGCGACUCACGCCGGCACCACUGCCCUCUACACCCUGCUGACACGAGAGCACAACCGGCUGGCGGGGGGACUGGCCGACCUGAACCCCCAGUGGAGUGACGAGGACACCUUCCAGGCGGCUCGGCAGCUGCUGACUGCCGAACUGCAGCACAUCACCUUCAACCAGUUCCUGCCGGCGGUGCUCGGGCAGGAGGUGAUUGAGUACUUCCAGCUGUCGCCGGGGGUCCAGCAGCGCUACACACUGGACGAGGAGCCUGCUGUGACGGCCGCCGCUGCCACCGCGGCACUGCACUUCUACCUGGCCCUGCUGCCAGACGCGCUGCACUACCAGAACAGGGACGGCGCGGAGGUGGAUCAGACGCCUCUGUCGGACUCCUUCUUCUCGUCCUCUGACCUGUACCGGACCGGUCGGCUGGAUCAGCUCUUGCUGGGGCUGAGCAGCGGCCCCGCAUCACAAGGAGAUUCGGUCACCGAACAGGUCACACGAGCGCUGGACCUGGACCUGCUGGCCUACACUAUCCAGCAGGGGAGGGAUCACGGCCUGCCGGGCUACGGCAGCUUCCGCAACCUUUGCGGCCUGACCGAGGCCCAUACCUUCGACCAGCUCAAUAAGACGAUGACAGAGGACAAGCUGAACCUGCUGCGGACUCUCUACAGCUCUCCUUCCGAGGUUGAUCUGUUCGUCGGUGGUAUGCUCGAGUCGCCGCUGGAAGGCGCUGUGGUCGGCCCUACCUUCGCCUGUAUUCUGGGACAGCAGUUCCGUACAGCGAGGAGAACAGACCGCUUUUGGUAUGAGAGUGACACGCCGCCUGCCGGGCUCUCAAAAGAGCAGCUCUAUGAGAUCCGCAAGGCCAGCGUGUCCCGACUGCUCUGUGACAACGUGGGCAGCCUGCAGUCUGUGGCCCCCAACCCGUUCCUGCGGGCCGACACCUUCCUGAACGCCCCCGUUCUGUGUAAUAUGCUGCCGGCCAUGGACCUGCUUCCCUGGAAGGUGGCCGGCUCGGGACUCCUCGUGCCAGAGCCCCUCUUCGGCGACGUCAUUGGCAGCGCCAAGAGCGACCUCGAGCGGCGGAGGCACGAAGAACGGCUUCUAUUUGAGCUCGACAUGUCAGCGGACCACAAGUCGGCGCUGGGCACGGCCCUGGCUCAGAGCAGACCCACUGAACAGGCUCUGGUGGUGGCCAAUACCUCGCUACUGCUCGAGUACGCCUCCAGGAAACUGAUGCACACUAUGAUGAAGCCGAGUCCGUCCCGGGUUCGUCGCCAGCUGGUGCGGUUCUCGAGCCAGCUGAACGGCCGUCAGGGAGCGCAGGGCUUCGGAAACUCACUGCGCCAGUUCGACGUGUCCAACCUGGUCUCACAGGUCCCCAUCAUCGAACAGUGCCGGGCCGACGAGGAGACGGUGCCGUGCGACCCCUCUGCCAUCUACCGCACCUACUCUGGCUACUGUAACAACCUCAACAACCCCAACUACGGCAAGUCGGUGAUGCCGCAGAACAGGCUGCUGCCAGCCAAAUAUGACGACGGUAUCAGCCGCCCCCGUCAGCGUUCGGUGACCGGUCAGCAGCUGCCCUCGCCGCGUCUCAUCUCCACCAGCAUGCACAGCGACGUCAGCAGUCCGCACACGCGCUACACCAUGAUCCUCAUGCAGUUUGGACAGUUCCUCGACCACGACAUCAGUCUGACGCCCAUCCAUAAAGGUUUCGGCGACUCGAUCCUCAACUGUCGCGACUGUGACUCGGCCAACCGGGUACACCCAGAGUGCUGGCCGAUCCGCGUGCCCGAGAACGACCCCUACUUCCCUCCGGUGGAUGUCAGUAGCGGCAAACCCUUCUGUAUCGCCUUCACACGCUCACUGCCCGGACAACAGUCGCUAGGUCCUCGUGAGCAGCUGACUCAAAACACUGCCUUCCUGGACGCGUCGCACAUCUACGGUCAGCAGCAGUGUGAGGCGCGAGCCCUGCGCUCCUUCAACGGCGGCCGGCUGGUGGUGACGCCUUCCCGGAGAGGUGCCAAGGGCCUGCCUCCUACCACCAGGGAUAACAAGGAGUGCCGAGCGCCGUCCGGAGCCUGCUUCGCUGCUGGCGACAACCGUGCCUCUGAGCAGCCGGGCCUGGCCACGCUGCACACCAUGUGGAUCCGCGAGCACAACCGGGUGGCGAAACAGCUGGCCAACGUCAACCCGCACUGGGACGACGAGAAGCUGUACCAGGUGGGCCGUCGCAUCGUCACCGCCGCCUGGGAGCACAUCACCUACAACGAGUUCCUGCCGCGCGUCCUCGGCUGGAACGCCAUGCAGCUGUACGACCUCCGCGUAGGAUCCGAGGGAUUCUUCAAGGGGUACGACAGCUCGUGCAGUGCGGCUGUGCUCACCGAGUUCUCCUCAGCCGCCUUCCGGUUCGGGCACUCGCUGAUCCGGCCAGACCUGAAGAGGAUGGACGUCAACUUUGGACAGAAGCAGCCCGACGUCCCCCUCCGGGGCAACUUCUUCAACUCGGACGUGAUGUUCGAUGACCAGAUGGUCGACGACAUUAUGCGCGGGCUGAUCAGCACCCCUAUGGAGAACCUGGACAACCACAUCACGGGCGAGGUGACCAAGCACCUGUUCGAGGAGUCGGGGCGGCCCUUCUCCGGCCUGGACCUGGUUUCCCUCAACAUACAGAGAGCUCGUGAUCACGGCAUUCCGGCUUAUAACGACUACCGAGCUAUCUGCAAUCUGAAGAAGGCCUCCACCUUUGACGACCUAUCGCGGGAGAUUCCUCGGAAACUGAUCGAAAAGAUGAAACAGGUAUACGCUCACGUGGACGACAUUGACUUGUUCUCGGGAGGUCUGAGUGAAACCCCGCUCCAAGGAGGUCUGGUCGGACCGACCUUCGGCUGCAUCAUCGGACUCCAGUUCCGAUUCCUCAAGAAGUGCGACCGGUUCUGGUACGAGACAGACGACACGACACUGCGUUUCACUGAACAGCAACUGGCGGAGAUUCGUAAGGUCACCAUGAGCCGAAUCAUGUGUCAGAACUGUGACCAGGUGGACGCCGUGCAGCGGGCGCUGUUCGACAUGCCACAAGACUUCCUGAACCCGAGAAUUCCGUGCAGGACGAUGCCCGACAUCGACUUCCAGCUGUGGAGAGAGGGUAACAACGGGGGAGGCCAGUGCAAUGUCAACGGCGUGGACAUCAGCGCCGGCAGCACGGUCAACAUCAGCCCCUGCACGCGCUGCUCCUGCAACAACGGGCAAACGACCUGUCAGAGUGUGCAGGUGACCAGCUGCCAGCAGUUGGUAUCCCAGUCGGGACGGCAGGCGGUCCUCGACGAUACAUCCUGCCGCGUCCAGUGUCUGUCCGAGCUCGGAGACAACAAUAACAACAACAACAACAACAACAACUUCAACAACAAUAACAACAACAACUUCAACAACGGUAACAACAACGGCCAGCUGCCGCCCAAGAACCUUCUUCCUCCGACCACCUCCUCAACCAGCACCAUCAUCACCUCAGACAGCAACGGCAACCAGUUCCAGCAGACCUUCGUCCAGGGCUUCCAGUCGGGCGACCAGAGUUUCGACGGCGGCUUCCAGUCGUCCGGACCGCAGCCCUUCCGGCCGGCGCCGUCGUUCCGGCCCGGCCCUCCGUCAUUCCGGGCCCCGUUCGGGGUCGGGCCGCGACCCGGGCCGUUCCGGCCGCUACAGGGCGCCAUCGGGUUCGGUCUGAGGGGGCUCGGCCGACUGUUUGGCCUGUAAUCGCGGGGUGGGGGAGGUUGGACUUCUUCGCGAGUUGAUUCAGCAGCUUUGAGUUGCUGGGGUGAAGUGGACAGACUUUCACAAGCUCAAGAUGGGUGGAUGCAGAUGUUUUCAAGACGCAGUGCUGUGGCUGAGUGCCUUGAAGGAUUCUCCGAGACCAGGGUAGGACGCAGGUCUCUUCAGCCACUUUUUUCGCUCAAUUUCGAGCGUCGAAGCGUCGAGGUGACCCUCAUCUAUUGUCAAAGUCUAUAACUAUUGGCCAAGGACCUUAGUUAAGGUGGCGAUUAAGGUUACAUGACCGUCAGAGUGAAGGGAAUGAAAUCCUGUUACCAUACCGCCGCUCUCCCGCUGGUUACCGAUUGUGAUAGAGUGUACGGACAGAAGGAGGGUGUCACCGCGAGGCACGGAGUCAGCGUCGGAGGUGACAUUGUGCUGCCACAUAUUGUGAGCUGCACCCAGACAUACAUCCACGAGCGGCGAGGCUACGACGCUGAACUGUCUAGAAGGAAGUGGUUUGAGCUCACGGGACGUACUUGAAGUGACUGUGACAACGUUUCCAUGGGCAUCACUGAUCCGGAUCAGUAAAAGUGGAUUAGCUAAUCCAGUAAAGUUAGACGCUAUAUGAAAAUGAAAAUAAGGGAUUAACUGAUUAUAUAAGCCUAAUCCACUUUGAUUUAUAUCCUGUAACGAAGAAUUCGAGAAAUAUAAUACGAUUUAAAUUUGCUGAUCCGGAUCAGUGGUGCCCAUGGAAACGGGGUCUGUGAAAGGUGUGAAGCUCACAGGACGUACUUGAAGUGACUGUGAAAGGUGUGAAGCUCACAGGACGUACUUGAGGUGGCCGUGAAAGGUGUGAAGCUCACAGGACGUACUUGAGGUGGCCGUGAAAGGUGUGAUAUGGUAUGUGUUGGUGUUUGUAUAGUCUGGCACGAGUUCGACUAUCUCCAAGAGUGGAGAUAUGCAGCCGUUGUCACGGAUGUCAAGACCCAACAGUGUCAAUCGUCAAACUUAAUGACGUGUGUGUGUGUGCACUGUGUAUGCACACGCAUACGUGUGUAAGAAUGCGUACGUGCGUGUGUGUUUAUAUUUUCGCGUAAAGGCUCUCACUUGCUCAGCAUUUUGUGCCGAAGUUUUCUUUGUUACGUACUUUGAAAGAAGUUACUUCCGCGCUAUAUAACUAUUAUAACUAGAAAACUAUUAUAUUUAAGGCGUUGACUUUCAGUACUACAAGUACGAUGACAAGGUGUAUUUUGUUAAUCACAUUUCAUAUUUUUGCAUAUUCUGCAAUACCAAUGGCAAGGCGUUGCAUGUUGCUACCAAUUGUUAGUGAACGGCGCGUGCUUGCAUGUGAAUGGCUACCAUAUGCUUUAUACGUCUCCCGCAACUUCAUUGUUCUGCUUUUAUAUAUGGUGUGAUCUGUGUGAAGCAUGGCUCACAUUUCAAUACAUUGUGUAAAAUA